GAGAGGGAGGCGGCCGGGGCGGUGCACGGAGGCCCGCCCGCACCUGUUCCCUCCUCCCGCCGCCCUCCUCUUCCUCCUCAUCCUCGCCCACCUGCCCGCGGCUCCGCGUUCCCGCCGCGCUCGGCAGCAGCAGCAACAUGUUGCCUAGAGGAUCCUCGUCUAUGCCGCCGCCGCCGCCUCCCAACACCGUCGCCUACUUCCCGCCCCCCCGGGUCACGCUGCCCUCCGGCCUGGAGAUCCUGCGCACCUACUCGGGAGCCUUCAUCUUCCUGGAGAUCCUGUUUGGAACAAUAGUCUGGAUUUUGGUAGCUUCUACACAAGUUCCACUGCCACUGCUGCAGGGAUGGGUAAUGUUUGUAGCAGUGACUGCGUGGUUCCUGUCCGUUGUGUUCCUGUGUGUGUUUCUCUUCGGUUAUGCAAACAGAAUUGCAGUCAACUGGAACCAGACAGACUUUCUUUUCCAUGGUGCUACUUUUGUAUUUUAUUUUGGAGCUUUUCUACUGCAAGCAGCAACUACAUCUCUGCAUCACUACCCUCGCAGAUUAAAUUCCACAACAUAUGUGCAAAUUCUAGGUGAUCACGAAUAUAACAUAAGCGUAGCAGCAUCGAUUUUUGCCUUUGCCACAGCUGUUUGUUACGGUUUCAGCACAGCCCUGGCAUUGAGGAGAUGGAAACUAUAGCAGUUGAAGAGACUCUGAUUCCUGAGUGUUCUACUUCAGAUCAAAUUAAGUACUACUUGUCUGUUUUACUGUAAUGUAAUUCUAAAAAGACUUUUUGCUUAAAAUUUGUUUCCAAGUGCUGAAAUGCAAAUAACCCUUAAUCAGGAUUUAUUUAACAGGAGAUAAGUUUCUGUCUCUUCCUUUUUUUUUUACUUUCAUUGAGAACUCCUUAUAAACAUUAUUUGUUGAACUGUAAUCCAGAGUUCAGAGAUAAACAGAUGUUACUAGUAGAUAACAGAAUUCUGGUGCUAAACCAGAAGAACAGGAAGAAAACUGAAACUAAACAGACAUGUUACCUGCAUAGGCAGCUAAAAAAGCUACCCCCCUUGUAAAGGCCUGGGAUUGGGCUCUACGUGUGCUGCAGCAUUACAGUGUGUUCCACACAGGUAGGGCCUUGAGGCUUUUUGUAGUGUCACUGAUCUUGUGUGUGCUGCUCUUUGCAUGAUCAGAGUCCAAUCUGACUGUGAUAUCAGCUUAGUAUGUGUUAUUAACUUUGUACAGAGACAAUAUUUUAAAUAUCCAUCCAGUGCAAUCUUUCAUUGUUGUUUUACAAACCAUAUUCAGCUAUGGUGAUCUGAUCAUUCCAGCUUAUUGUAUUCUUUUGUAAAUGGAAAAUGUCUGGGAUUGUUAAACAGUAAGUAGUUGAUUAGUUUUAGAAAAUCAACCCAAUCAGAUCUAUUUAUACUGCAAAACAAACAGUGCAUUUGUGUGGUGUGUGUGGCAUAAAUUUGACAGGAAUAUUUGCACUGUUUUACUUUGUGGAAAUACAGCUUUGUUUUUGUAACUUAAGUGCUGCUUUUGUUACUUAUUAUGUGAGUCAACAUCAUUUGAAUGGAAUGUUACCAAAUGUUGACUACUGUCUGACCUCAAUUCUUGCAGUGCAGUAUUUGGUACAUCCUGAUGUUGUAUUGUGUAAAGGUGUUUUUAUUUGGACAGAUGCCUAUACAACAACAUCUUUCUGGAAGCAGUGAAAUGCAAAGCAGUCCGCCCAUUACAGAGUUGGCUUUUGGCAGAAAGGAAGCUGAAUUGAAUAUUCCAGUUGUGUAAUGACACAAUUAUAAAUAUAAAAUUAACUUGAAUAUAGCAUUGUGCCCUGCUCCUUAACAACUCUUGUCGCUAGUGCCAAAUUAGUAAUCUGGGAGCAUAAAAGUUCCCUGUCAUUCACAGAACUUUUUACUCUCUGCUGCUUGCUGUUGCACCUUACACUUCUGCAGAGACUGCACCUUAGAAUUCUACAGAGAACAGCAGUGGUUCGGUGAGGGAAGACAGGAUGUUCCUUAUUCCCAGACCUGCUCUUUCUCCUUGAGCCAACCAACGUGAGAGCCUGUUAUGGAAGGUACUUGCCAAAUUUGUCAGGAACAAGGAUCUCUGAAAGCUGCCAACCUCAUGGAGCCCUUCAGUCCCUGCUGACCCAGCACAGAGAUUUUUAUCAAUGACGCAGCACUGAGUGGCAGCCUUUCCAACUUCUGGAACCACUCAGUCCUGAAUUACUGCAGAAGGAUGUUUUUGUAUAUCUUGUUUUCUAAAGUUUUUGUCUUAGAAAGAUUUUGUACUCUGCCUGAUUUUUCUUUUCUAAUCCUUUACUUGCAUUGGAACUUGUUUUGUGAAUGUUUUAUCUAGAGCCAUAUACUUUAAAAAAUAUUUCAUAUUGUAUAAAAUAUGUACAGUAACACUGGAGUAUAUGGAUGAAAAUGUUUAACAGGCUUAUCUAAGCAGCAUUAAAGUUACAUAAAAUGUUUAUGGCAGCAGUCUGGUUAUUAAUCCUCUGUUUGGAAGAUAGCAAAAACACUACGUGGCAAGUCUGACCUUCUACGGAAUCUCAGAAUCGUUUGAGUUGGGAGACUCCUGAAGGCCAUCUAGUCCAACUGCCCUGCAGUGAACAAGGGCAGCUACAGCUAGAGCAGGCUGCUCAGAGCCACAUCCAGCUCUUUCUUCUGAAAGACUACUUGUGAGUACAAACAUACACCCAUGCAAACUCAUAUAUAUGUGCUUAUAUGUAUGCACAAAGAUAAUGCAUAUUCAUAACUGUGCAGAAAAUGAACUUCCAGGGCACAUUUAAAAAUAGAUGCUCUUGAUGCCUCACAUAGAAAAUUAAGGCUAAGGUUUCUUAAGAAGGCACAGUUUCAUUAGUGUUAGAUUUGUUUAGUGAUUUGCACAAAUGUUAUUGAGGAGAAAUGCAAGGUCAGCUUCAACAACACUGUAAAUGGGCACAGCACUUUGAUAUGGUUACUUCCUCACCCCGCAGCCUAGAUGUGUACUGCACACCACAGAGUAUGCAUGCCACGGCCCCUGCAACCAACUGGGAUGAUGAGGGAGAAGUCUUAAUUUUUUUUGCCUGUUCAUACUUACAGAAAAGGAAUGACACAUGAUGUCAGUUAAAAAGCUGACCAGAUUUAGUUGGUCUUUGUACCUACCUCUGAGUUUGAACCUGAGGUGUAAGGAUGAUGACUAGUGGGUUUGGUUUAAAUCUCUUUAUCUACUUACAGAAACCCAGAUAGCAGAGUGCAGUUAGAAAAGCUUGGGAACUAUUUGCGUAGUGAGGAAAGGCUGAACUUUCCCUCUUAACUAUCAAAGACAAACAAAGGGCAGAGAAGAAAUAAAGGUAAGAACCAUGGUAAUCAAGAGGUGGCUUUCAUGGCUAACAAGGGCAUAAAUGGUCUGCUAGUAUGCAAGGAAUCUUAAUGGUCUUUGAGGAAAACCAAAGGAAAGAUGCAUCAGAGCAAGGAAGCAGUUGCAUUCUUAAACAAAAAACAAAACAAACCCUGACCCAACAACCAGUAAUUAAUUUGAUAUUACCUUAUACAUAAUGAACAUGGCAGGUGUGACUCACAAAUAGUACGUGUGUGCUUGCUGCAAAGUCUUUAUGCAAAUAUUUACAGGAGAGUAACACAACCCUUGUGAUAGUUACUACAGGUAGUAUGCGUGGGCUGAUUCUUACACAUAUCAUUCUUUUCUCUUAAAUGUUCAGAAAUGCCCCCAAGCCUGUGACUGGUGACACCGAAGAACACAAGCUUACGUCUUCAAAGAAUGGAAGGGGCUGGGAAGAAGAUAGGGAUAUUUACUGUUGCAGUAAAUUCAAGGUGAAAGAGAUGAGGCUACAGAUACCAAAUGCUGUUCUCAUCAGAUGUCUCUAUCUAAUGUGAAGCUACAGUGCAGGAGAAUCAAACAUACCAUACAGGUACCUAAUCUUCUAGAAUCAGAAAAUAUUUAAUAGUAUUUCAUAUUAUUUUGUAUAUCAAUGUUCAGUAGCUGCCGGUAAAUAAGUAGUCACUGAGGAGAGACAGCUUGCAAAGGAUGCAAGGAGAAGCAAUAGUUCACUGGCUAUUGCUGAAGAGAAAUGAAAGGACACAGUUUACAAAGCUGAACCUUUGCUCAGACAUGUUCAGCAAAUGAUGCACAGAGGGUACUUCACAGAAGUCCUAACUCUACUGACUUGCUGAAUUAUCUGGAAAUAAGUUAAAGUGACACAGUUCCUGCGGUGACAACUGACAUGUACAGGAUCAGUCUGUUGUGAUUUCUCACACCUGUGUGUGUGGAUUAAAACCUAUAAAGUGAGUGAAGUUUAGCUGCUUUAAAACACUGCUGUAAAAACACAUCUGUAGAAUGAGUGAGAACCAGGCAGAGAUUGUGCAGAUCUGUGUCCUCUGUAAACUGUUAAAGAAAAAGCACUGACAAAUCACUAAGUGAAUGCUUUAUAACUUUAAAAAAUGUUGACAUUCCUAUAAUCACAGAAUCACAGAAUGGCCAGGGUUGGAAGGGACCUCAAGGAUCAUGAAUCUCCAACCCCCCGCCUGAGGCAGGGCCACCAAUCUCCACAUUCAAUACUAGACCAGGCUGCCCAGGGCCCAUCCAACCUGGCCUUGAACAGCUCCAGGGACGGGGCAUCCACAGCCUCUCUGGGCAGCCUGUUCCAGCACCUCCCUGCUCUCUCUGUGAAGAACUUCCCCCUGGUAUCCAACCUAAAUCUUCCUUGACUUAAAACCAUUUCCCCUUGUCCUAUUAUCUACCCUUUCAAAGAGUUGACUCCCCUCCUGUUUAUAGGCUCCCUCUAGGUACUGGUAUUUUCCUGUCUGAAUUUGAAGGAAAAAAGUAAGAGUGUAAAACUCUUUGAGAGCCAGUUUGCUCCACUUUUAUUUGCGUUCUGUGAAACUGAUCUCUGAACACCAGGAUCCUGAUGCAUUUCAUGCUCAGUUGCCAGUCCACCAGGUUGUACAGAAGAGCUUUCUGUGGUUUGCCUGAAGAUAACGGUGAACCAUGAGAUGCCAGUGUAACAUUGGACUUAAUGAUCUCACAAAAAGGAAAACAGGAAAGUGAGAGCAUGUAUUUUUUUUUUUAAUAUAUAAUUUGCUUCUUUUUUUUUUUUUUUUUAAUGAUCUCCUUCUUAGAAGAGAAAACAAGUCCUGAAGAAUCUGCAGUUUUAAGCUGCUUCCUCAUAUGCAAGGUUUGAGCUCUAUAUCCUUGGCAUUAGCAAAACACUACUGCAUCCAGCCUGUCAGGGCAUAGCACCUUUCAGGUCAGAAACCUGAGCUGAGUCUUGGUAACUGACUUGUAAAGCUGCAUUUCAGGAAGCACAAUGAUCAAGUCAUCAGGCUGUGGACAGGUAUGUUUUUAACACCUUAGUUGCUGUGGGAUUAUUGCAAUUAUCUAUAUGGAUUCUGGAGAUUGUGAAUAAUUCAGACUGAUCAGAUUGAUUGUGAAAGGCUGCAAAUAGGCUCUUGUCUGAGAACUGCUGCAGACUCAUACCUUAUUGCAGCAGUGAUUGUAUUCUUCAAAGAACUACUGGACCUUUUAAUCUCAUCCAAACACAUUUUCUGGUCUUCUCAGCAAAGUGUAACCCGUAUCAGUGGACCAACAAUCUGGAAAAAUAAACAGCAGAUGAGAGCAAGCCCAGAGGGCUCCUUGUGAAGAAAAAGAUCUUUCUGCACUCUUCUUAGUGCAGAGCCAAGACCUCACACUGCCCUAUUUUCCUGUACAAUGGCACUGGGACUUCUAGUGAUCUGAUUACAUGCUUGGGCAGUUCUACUCACAGUGCCCAGGGAUGAUUACUUUGUUGCAGGCGUUGUUUUAGCUUCAGUAAGCUUUUUGAAAAAAAUUGAAGAGGCAAAAACUGUUUUCUUUAAUGAAAAAGCCAGCAACUUUGCUACCUCUUUUUUCUGCCCAUGCAAGUACUAUAUCAGUUUUUCUUCACAAAUACUUUUGAAUAGGAAAGCAUACUGUAGAAUAAAUUACUGGUGUAAUUAAUGAUACCAUAGAUCUUAUUUCUUCCAAAUUGAAGGGCCUAGAGAUAUUUUCAACCUCUUGGGCCUAGCUGAACAUUUCAGCAACGUCACAGCUCUGAGAUUCUAAGACUAAAAGAGGCAUCUCCUCCUCUCCCUGCCUCUUGCCUGCUUAUGGAAAGGAAGUUGGACAUGCAGGCAAGGAGGGAUCUACAGCAUGAUCUGGACAACCCAGAAACCAGUGUUGUGUAUUUGGGUAUAAUCUGCUGUUAGGCAGCUCAUGCGUGAAAGGGCACAAGAUGGGCUCAAGAUGGUUCCACCAAAAUAAUGCACGAAGUUAAGGCAAAUGGAGGAACUGUGUGAACAGCCCACUGACUGUAUGAGAGCUAAGACCAUAGCACUUCACUACGCUUGUCCCAUGUAUUAAAUCUAGCAUCUUGUGUGAGUCUUGACUCCUUGCUAUCCCUGUUUUGCAGACUGUAAAUACCUUGGCCUGGGUUGUGAUGCCGUGGGAAACCUGUAGGGCCAGCGUAGAGCCUUGGGCUGUUUAAAUAAAAGACAGUCAAUAAUCACCAGAUGAUCCAACCCUAAAUGCAGGAUCAGAGAGGAAAGGGAAGCGUUCCCCACUUCCCAGACCCACUUCCCAAAUUGGCACUAGCUCUAAGGAUUGGAAAAAGGACAGAGUAGUUCUCCUCUUACUCUGUUCCAUGACUCCAACUUGGUUAACAUAGAUUAUCAGAAAAGAGGAGUAGGUAGACAGAGGUGUCAUCUGAGUGCUGAGGCAUGGCUGACCUGACCCAUAGCAGUGACAGCUGUUCCUGGGCUAAAGAGCAAGCUUCAGUCAAUGACCUAAAAUGUAAAAGUAGAUACACUGAAUGAUGAUUUUGUUGACCAGUCCGAGUUGUAGCUGGAGCAAAUUUUCUUAGAAAAAGGGAUGUCUCAUGAUAAACAAGAGGCCAAAUUUUGCUUUUAGUUAUAAAAAUGAAUCUUCCCUUGGGGUCAAGUCACAUGUAAUUUCAGUGAUGGAAAGAAGAGCAGAAUUUUCCUUCGGCACUGAAGAGAGCUGACCUUUGAAAUAAACGGCAUUACAA